AUGAACACUGAUAAUUGCAGCAGAACUAGUACAAACGUGCAACAAUUUCGUGCAUUUGAGCUGGUAAAAUCCCUGCCUCACGCGCGCGCAUGCGCCUUGGCGCCAUCCUCGGCCGCCCUACUAUUCCCGGCGAAGAAGCAGAGCCCCAAGAAACCAAAACUACCCCGGGAACCAUCCCCAGGCAGGCGCGUCUCGCACGCCGGCCUCCCCGCCACCAUGGGCCCUUCUCCCCACCACCUCCUCCUCUUCGCCGUCGCCGUGGUCCUCCCGUUGGCGGCCGCCGACGAGGGCAUGACGGAGGCGGAGGCGCUGAUCCACCUCAAGAAAUCCUUCUCCAACUCCUCUUCGGUCUCCUCCUGGCUCAUCACCAACAACGACGGCGGCAAGUCCCCCUGCGCGCCCGGAUCGCACGAGUGGCACGGCGUCGUGUGCAGCAACGGCAAGGUCACGGGCCUCCGCCUCAGCGGGCUCCAGCUCGGCGGCACCAUCGACGUCGACGCGCUCUCCAGCUUCCCCGACCUCCGCUCCGUCUCCUUCGCCAGCAACAACUUCACCGGCCCGCUCCCCAGCUUCCACCGCCUCACGGCGCUCAAGUCCAUGUACCUCUCCGACAACAAGUUCGACGGCCCCAUCCACGACGAGUUCUUCCCCAACCUCAACCACCUCAAGAAGCUCUGGCUGGACGGCAACGAUCUCUCGGGUCCCAUCCCGGCGUCCGUCGUCCAGGCCGAGGCGCUCAUCGAGCUCCACCUCGAGCGCAAUAGCUUCUCCGGGGAGCUCCCUCCCGCGCCGCCCCCCGCGCUCAAGUCCUUCGACGUCUCCGACAACGACCUCGAUGGCGUCGUCCCGGAGGCCUUCAGGCGGUUCGACGCCGCCGGGUUCCGCGGGAACCAGUACCUCUGCUUCGUGCCGAACCCCGGCCAGCAGUGCAAGCGACCGGAUGUCGCGCCACCGCCCGGGUCGGCGUCCGGCCUCGGAGAUAUCUUGGUUCUCGCCGCGGUGAUCGUCUCUGCCGUCGUGUUGGCGGUGGUCCUCUGCGCGUGCUGCUGCGGCGGCGGCGGUCGCGUCCACGACUACGACCACGCCAACAAGGGCGACACGGAGGACACGCCGCCGGUGUACAUGGUGAAGCAGGGAUCGUCGGCGACGCAUAGGAGGAGCACGUCGUGGCUGGGUAGGAGGUCGGGGUCGUCGCAGGGCGGGCGGCACCGGAGGUCGUCAUCGGCGGCGAAGGUGGACGACGGGAGCUCCGGGGGCGGCGUCGGCGACCUUGUCAUCGUCAACGACUGCAAGGGUGUGUUCGGGCUGACGGACCUGAUGAAGGCCUCCGCGUCGGUGAUCGGCGGCGGCGGAGGUGGCGGGAUCGGGUCGGCGUACAAGGCGGUGAUGGCAAGCGGCGUGGCUCUGGCGGUGAAGCGCGCGCGCGACAUGAACCGGGGCACCAGGGACGCCUUCGAGGCCGAGAUGAAGCGCCUCGGCGCCAUGCGCCACGCCAACCUGCUCCCUCCGCUGGCGUACCACUACCGCCGGGACGAGAAGCUGCUCGUCUCCGAGUACAUCCCCAAGGGCAGCCUCCUCUACGUGCUCCAUGGCGACCGGGGCAUGGACUACGCCGCGCUCGACUGGCCGACGCGGCUCAAGGUGGCCGCGGGAGUAGCGCGCGGCGCGGCCUUCCUCCACGCGGAGCUCGCCGGACACGAGGCUCCGCACGGGAACCUCAAGUCGUCCAACGUGCUCCUGGCGCCGGACUUCGAGCCGCUGCUCGUCGACUUCGGCUACUCCGGCCUCGUCAACUACACGCAGGACUCGACGACCAUGUUCGCUCGCCGCGCGCCCGAGUGCGUGGCGGGACACCCGGUGACCGCCAAGGCGGACGUGUACUGCCUCGGCAUCGUCCUCCUCGAGCUACUCACCGGCAAGUUCCCGUCGCAGUACCUCCAAAAUGCCAAGGGCGGCACGGACCUCGUCAUGUGGGCGACCACAGCGCUGGCCGACGGCUACGAGCAAGACCUGUUCGACCCGGCCAUGGUCACGGCGAGCAAGUUCGCACUGCCGGACAUGAAGCGGCUGAUGCAGAUCGCAAUGGAGUGCGUCGAGGCGGACCUGGAGAGGCGGCCGGACAUGAAACAGGCCGCGGGCAGGGUGGAGGAGGCGGUGGCCGCGGCGCUGGCUAGGGUGAGGGAGAGGCAGGGCGCCGGAGAGGGGGACGCCGACAGCAGAAGCUCGCACGCCUCGUUUGUGAGAGACGAGUCCAUGCAGCGGGUCACAAGCGUCGGCGAGUCGCGGCGGGGCAGCAACGACGACUCUUACGGCGUCUCGUGA